AUCCCUUCCUCGCCUGAACUCUGGAAGCAACAGUCAGUGGGGUUUAAGCUGAAGGUUGUGGUUGGAGACAAGUGGAUGCAUUCAUUCACACACCCACUCACAUACUUAGGGAUUUUAGGAAUUUUUAUUUGACCAUCUCAUCUGUAAGACAAAAGGAGGCAAUCAUUCCACUCCUGAUCAGCUUUACCAUUUUCAGGCAAGUCGUUAUUUUUUUUUGAUAGAAUUUGGUUUGGGUUCCUUGAGAAAAGAAUUUCCAUUUUCACCCAUUCCACCCUUCUAAUAUCCAGUGUUUUGUUCCCUUAAAUUGUCUCCCUUUCCCCACUCUCACUCUCUCUCUCUCUCUCUCUCUCUCCAUCCCUCUCUCCUCCUCUCAACAUCCAGCAUCUCCACAGGAUGAAACUGUAAGACCACUUCCCAAGGCUGGUACUUUAGAGAGAGAUUUUUUUUUAAAAAAAAGGAAAAAAGAACAAAUAUAUAUAUAUAUAUAUAUAUAGGAAAAUAACAUAAAAUGGCAAUAAAUACGGACGCCGAGUUUGAGAAGACCUUAAAUGGAUCUGGAGGCACAGCUUUGCCUAAGGACCACCAAGAAACAGAGCAGCUCCUCACAGCUGCUGAGAACAAGCUGGAGAAUGGGAUACCCAGCUCCAAGUCGUUCACUGUCAACAUGUCCAGCUCCAAAGAGGUUGAGAUGGAGCAUAAGGACCAAGUCAAGAAGUACAGAUCCUCGGAAUCAGUGGCCAAGCUGUCUGCCCCUCCUGGCUCUCCUUCCAGGGUCAGUCUGGGUAGAGUGUCCACCACCACCAACAGUGCCCAGGAUCAGUCUCGACCCAGGGACUACCUGAUCCUGGCUAUCUUCUCCUGUUUCUGCCCCAUGUGGCCCAUCAACAUCGUGGCUCUGGUCUACUCCAUCAUGUCCAGAAACAGUCUACAGCAGGGUGACACGGACGGAGCCAGAAGACUGGGACGCCUGGCUAGGCUGUUGAGUAUUGUGGCCAUAAUCCUUGGAGCGCUCAUCAUUAUCAUCUACUGUGUGCUCAACUUUGCAGUUGCCAAGUAGAAGAUGUGCCACACAAGAGGAUUUUGAUCGGUUCCUUGAGGGGACU